AUGGAGGAAAAGAAAAUACCUGAAGAAAACAUAGUCUACGCACCCACCCUCGAAGCCACCAAGUCCUUGACAGCAGGACAAGUCGAAAACAUCGAUGAGUCAGCGACAUUUCUCCUGGACAACCACAUCACCGAAGAAUACUUGGCUGAGCUUGUGAAUGAUAAACAGAAGAACAAACGGCUCGUGAGAAAGAUCGAUCUUAUUGUGCUACCCCUUCUAGCCGGUACAUAUGUUCUGCAGUACAUCGACAAGCAGGCUUUGUCGUAUGCCGCCGUCUUCGACUUGUUCGAAAGCACCGGCACCACUCAAUCGCAAUACUCCUGGUUUGCAAGCAUGUUUUAUCUUGCGUAUGUUCGAGAAGAGCAACCGUUCCGAGCAGGUAUCUUCUAUUCAUGCAAUGGCAUUGGCUCGAUGCUGGGGGGCAUUUUCAGCUAUGGGGUUGGUCAGAUUGAUAGUUUCCCAGUCUGGAAAGCCGUCUUUCUUCUAUGUGGUGGUGUCACGGUUCUGUGGGGUUGCGUGCUGCUGUUUUGUUUGCCCGACAGCAUUCUCAGUGCCAGAUGGUUCUCUCUCGAAGAGCGUGCACUUCUGGUCGGUCGUGGUCGUCUCGCUCGCACUGGUAUCCUCAACAAGACUAUCCAGUGGUAUCAGAUCCGAGAAGCUUUUGGCGAUCCACAGGUUUGGCUACUGACUAUUUUCGUCCUCCUGAACGAAGUCAUCAAUGGGGGCAUGUCAAACUUUGGAAAGCUCAUUAUCAAAGGGCUAGUCACUGACCCAUUGUUGACUACUGCGUUGGGGAUUCCGCAAGGCGCAUUCCAAGUCUUUUGGAUAUUGACUGGAACUCUGACUGCAACGAAGUUCCGCAACCAUCGCACUACGGUGAUGAUACUUUGGCUGGUUCCAACGAUUAUCGGCACUUGUCUGAUAUGGAAACUGGACCGAACGCGUUUCAAAGUAGGAGUACUGUUCGGAUAUUAUCUCGUCGGGUCCUUUGUCGCUUCACUCGUCCUCGCACUUCAAAUGCCAGCAACGAACCUUGGAGGAUAUACGAAGCGCAUCACUGCGUCUGCCAUCGUUUUUACGGCGUACUGUGUUGGGAAUAUCAUAGGUCCACACGCAUUCCUCGCCGAUGAGGCUCCUCUGUAUCCGACCGGCUGCAAGGUCAUCCUUUCCUGUGCGGUCGGGCAAAUGCUAACUGGUGCAUGCCUACGAUUGCUGUUGAAGUAUCGUGGGAAAAAAAGAGAGCGCUGGUCAGCAAACCAUGACGCUUCUCUGGAGGAGAGCGAUAUUGCAGACAUUGAUCGCACUGAUUUUGAGAAACCAUCUUUUCGAUACGUAUUAUAG